AUGUCUCGUCGCUCGCGCCGUCGCGGCUCCGACACGCCCGGACUCGCGCCCAACGAUUCCCUGCCUGUCGAUGGUUCUUGGCGCAUAGUCGAGGGGGAGAAUGAAAGCUUCGACACCACCAUUCUCCCUAAUUCCAUGCUUCCCAUCGACGGUGAUGCCGACGACGUCCUCGUACCCCUCUCCAGCGGACAGCCCUCCUCCGGCUUCCCCUCUCAGCUCUCUGCGUCGUCGCAGGCCAGCGCCUCGUUCGCUGCCGCGUCACAGGACAGCAUUCGCGACUUCGUCAAGCACCAGGACGACGAUCAGGUCAUCCUACGGGAACCCUUCCGCCCGAGCAUGACCGUGUCGCGCAGUAGCGGUGUCUCGUAUCGCACCCCCGAGCCGCAGUUUCGCAUGCCCAUGCUGGACGUCGAUGGCGGAGGGAGUAGCGGCAGUGCGAGGACUGUGAGGCCGUCCGCCCUGGGGAUAAGCCAUGGUGGCGAAAAUGGGGGCUCGCUGCGCCGGCAAAGAAAGCCGUUGCCACAAAGUCCGUCCAAGAGCAGGAUACGGCGAAGGAAGAGGUCCUCCCUCGACGACGGCAAUGCCGAAACCGAACACGGUUUCAAAGACGACUUGCUCGCCACUCUCCGCGCCAUCCCGAGACAGCUCCUCACCUUUCUUCCAACCACCCUGCUCACGCUUCUCCUCUGGAUCGGCGAGGUAAUCUGCAUAUCUCUCCACUACGCCAAGUAUCCCCUGGGCGCCCUCCUCGCCGCGUACCUCGUCCUUGGCAGCCUCAUCAUCGUGCAGAAUAUGGCCACACGCUCCAUAUAUGCUGCCGUCUCCCCCGUCUGCCGCAUACCCGGCAUUUCGCUCCUGUCACUGCCCUUCUGCCCUGCGAACACAGUAUCCUUUCUCAACGGAACCGUCGCAGAUGGCGGCCGCCGCAACGUCGAGUUCGACGACCUCAUGGGCGUUCAAUCCAAGUUCGAGCAGGUCCUCGAGAGGAGCGUCGAUGGCGUAUCCCUCCCCUUUGAAAUGAAGCGCUCUGAGACGGCCGUCCGUGAUCUCAGGAGUCUGGUCAGACACAGCGACAUCCAGUCCAAGCACGAGCUGGUUCUCGAGUUUGACGGGUACAUCGACAGCGCCCGCCGUGCCGCCUCGGAUUUGCAAAAGUUCAACACACACGUCGGAUCCGCAGUCGACACCGUCAUCAGCAUAAAUCGCUGGACCUCGCGUUACAUCGACUCCCUCUCCCCCGAGUCCCUCGAGGGCCCCCCUUCUGCUCUAUCGGAGUGCGAGCGUGCCAUCCUCGACAAGUACAUCGAGCAUACGGCACUCGUGUCCGACCGCAUCACCGCCCUCAUUCUUGAAGCGCAGCAUAUCCUACGCCUUCUCACCAAAGCAGAGGACCAUCUGAGCCUCAUCUACGACAUCUCCUCCCGCUCUUCGUCGGCCAUCUCGAGCCGACGCGGCGAGAUUCUCUGGACGAUGUGGACUCUCAUCGGUGCAAACUCAAAGCGCCUCCACAGCCUCGCCCAGCAACUAGACCUCCUGCGACAAGUAGAAAAACAGCGCAGCACCGCCGUCGAGCAGGUCAGUGCUCUGAUCCUCGAGCUUGAGGGCAUCCAAGCCGGGUUGGGAGAUCUGCGCGAAAGCGUCGCCGAACCGCAACUCGUCGGGAUGGCAGGCGUCGCACAUAUCCCGUUGAGUGUGCACAUCGAAACGAUUGACAGGGGUGUCGAGCGGUUACAGCAUGCAAGGGCCAGGCUCCGUAUUGCCGAGGACGAGCGUGUACGGGAUGCCGUGGCAAGGGGCGGGCUGAAGGAUGGCGAGGAACGGCUGCUUGAUGCAAGGCGACCGUGA